AUGGUGAAGAUUUUUGUGGGAGGAGUAUCUCCAUCUGCAUCCCCUGAGGAAUUAAAGAAACUCUUUGAGAGGUAUGGGCAAGUAAAUGAAUGUGACAUCCUUAAAAAUUAUGCCUUUGUUCACAUGGAAAGAGAACAGGAUGCUCAUCUUGCUAUUGGUGAGCUACACAAACAGGAGUUCUACGGCUCCCACCUCACAGUGGAAUACGCCACCUCCAAAAUACGUAACGCUACCAAAAUCUAUGUGGGCAAUGUCUCAAGUAGAGCAACUACAUCACAAAUAAAAGAACUUUUUGAGAAGUUUGGCAAAGUAGUUGAGUGUGACAUUGUUAAGAACUAUGCCUUUGUGCACAUGGCCAAAGAGAGAGAGGCUAUGGAUGCCAUUUUACGCCUCAACGAUACUCCUCUGGAAGAUCAAAAGAUAUUUGUGACACUAUCCAAAAGCAACAAUGUCUCAAAAAAUUCUAAGGUUGUGCCCACAGUUGUGAUGGCAACUCCAUCUCCUGCUCCCCCACCCGCUUUUUACUUCCACCGUGGACGUCUACCAGCACCUCCACCUCCCUUUCCAUCUUACUCACCUCGUUCUUGGUACGAGAGGGAGUACUAUGAGCGGUACUCCUAUGACUUCUAUGAUAGGAGUGGACUGGGAGCUCGUGCUGCAUUUGACAGGUCCCUAACUCCAGCAAUGAUGGCUGCUGCAGCCAUUCCUACAGUUCCUUUUACAGCUCCUCCUCCUCCCCCACCACCAUCCAUUAGUGGAGCCUUGGCUGCUGCAUACAGAGACAGAAGUCCUGUAGGAAGAACAACAGCUGCAGCAGCAGUUGUAGCACAAUAUGCAGAUCCAUAUGGUGCCUCUCAAGCCUAUAGCCAGAGCUUCAGUCAAGCUUAUGUCUCUGCUUUCUCUCAGUACAGCAUGGAAGCAGCGGCCUACAGUCCAACAGAAUACUAUGAUAAAUAUGCCAAUGGGUACACAAGCCAGUACAGCCAAACCUACUGA